AUGCCUAAAUCAAGUCUACAGCCAAGUCCGCAGUCGCCUAUAAUGGUCCCUGGGCUCUCCAGACGUUUAUCGUUGUUGCGAAACACAUCUACGGCUGAGGAUCUUGGCGAUAUCGGAAUUCCCAAAGAUGCAAAGUUUACGCCUCUAUCGCCAAAGAUGUCUCCUGGGAAAUCUGCCGCCUACGAGCCCAGUGAGGUCAGCUCCCACUCUUCUUCUGAAAGUGAUGGUAGACUCAAGAAAUUGCUACGCAGAACCUCAAAUGCAUUGAGAAGUGGAAGUUUUAGCUCUGAAGGCUCUAUGGGAAAUCUGGCCAACUCAAAGGAUGCCAUGGCUGACGUGAAUACCAAGUUGGAUGAGUUACGAAUCUCCCAGCCCCUGGAUAAAAGGUCAAUGCCUGUUGUCUUAUUGAAUCCGGGGAUUGAAUUACUCAGGAUUACUCACAGGAAGAAAGUCAAAAGGUUAUUCAGAAUCGAUAUGGAUACCAACAGGCUACUUUGGAAUAACAAGUCGUCGUCAUACUUGAGUAUUGACAAGAUCAGGAACAUCAGGGCUGGCGACGAUGCUAAGAAUUACCGCGAAGAGUUCAAGGUGUCGUCUGAUUACAAAGACUUGUGGAUUACCAUCAUCUACAACAAUGAACAGACGUUCAACAACAUAAAGGCACUUCACGUUAUCGCUACAAGAAAAGAAGACUUUGAUGUCUUUCUGACUGUCUUGAAGAAUUUGCUAUACUUCAAGGUUGAAAUGAACAGAAGUUUUGCCAAUACCUUCAACAACGAGUAUCUGGCAACAUUUCACUGGAACAAUAAUGUUUUGCCGUACCAUCCACCUGUCCAAUCCGACAUCAACCGAGUGAGCAAGACUGGUGACCGCUUGACCUAUGAGGGCGUGGUGAAGCUUACCAAGAAACUGAAUAUCAACGUGGACACCGAUUAUCUCGGAGUCAUUUUCAAACAGGUGGAUGCCGAUCAUAAUGGAUAUUUGAACUUCGAUGAGUUCAAGUACUUUGUGAAGCUGUUACGGCAGAGACCUGAAGUUAUGGCCCUGUACGACGGAAUGAUUCGCCCGGGUGAGUUAUAUCUAUCGUUUGAGGCAUUCAAGAAUUUCAUUGUUGAUGUCCAACAUGAAGAUUACGAUGAAUCAACCAUCAAGAAACUAUAUGCCAGGUUCUCGCAAACUGGUGAGAUGAGCAGUGACGACUUCACUGAUUUUAUGAUAUCUUCCUACACAGCUGCUUUGCGAGACAUUGAGGAAGACUUCUCUCGUCCUUUAAAUGAGUAUUUUGUGGCCUCAUCUCACAACACAUACCUUUUGGGUCGCCAAAUAAAGGGCUCCUCCUCUGUUGAAGGAUACAUCAGGGCUCUGCAGCGUGGGUGUAGAUGCAUUGAGAUUGACAUCUGGGAUGGAGAGACCGAUGCAGGCGGAAAAUGUCCAGUUGUCACUCACGGAAGAACGUUUACAACUAGUAUUGACUUCAAGCAAGUGAUUGAGGCAAUUAGGAAGUAUUCGUUCAUCACUUCUCCGUUCCCGGUUAUCCUGUCUCUGGAGGUACGCUGUACUUACGAGAACCAAGUGAAGGCAUUCGAAACUAUGGUUGAAGUUUUGGGUGACACCCUUGUGACCACUCCUCUUGAUGAGACAUCCAAAAUGCUGCCAAGCCCACAGGCAUUGAAGCACAAGUUCUUGGUGAAGGUUAAGAAGACUAAUAAAGCCUUAAGCAAUGCGGAAUUUCAAAGUUCAGCUUCAGCAUCAACACCUUCAUCAAUGAGUGAGGAUAACUCCACUCUCAUACCUUCGAAGCUGAUUCCCAAGAAGACCAAAACGACUAAAAUCUCGAGCGAGCUGAGCAGCUUGGGCGUUUAUGUGGUUGGUACGAAGUUCACCAAUUUCUCUCUUCCCGAAUCAAAAACGUUCAACCACUGUUUUUCGUUCUCAGACAGAACUCUGGAGAAGAUGAUCAAAGUUGAUGAGAAACUGGCAGCUGUCUUGAAGCAUAACAGAAAGUAUCUGUUGCGUAUCUAUCCGUCGCAGUUUAGAUUCAGCUCUAGCAACUUCAAUCCCUUGCCUUUUUGGGAGGUUGGCGUUCAAAUGGUCGCAACCAAUUGGCAGUUGUUUGAUCGGGGACAGCAGAUCAAUGAAGCCAUGUUUGCUGUUGGAUCGCAUAGUGGCUACAUAUUGAAGCCUCGCUCAUUGAGACCCGGUCUUCGUCUAACGGACAAUAGAAAGCAGAAGAACAUCGUAAACCUUUCGACUUAUGAUACUGUCAAAGAGUAUACGUUCACCAUCAUAUCGGCUCAACAGCUGCCCAGACCGAAGGAGCUGAAGUCCAGUGUGCUUUUUGAUCCCUACGUUGAACUUGAAGUUUAUUCCGGAAAGAUUCUGACUUGCUCCGUAAACUCCACACUCCCAGGUGGUAUUGUCAGUUCUGCGUCAAUGCAAGUUGGUCGGUCUGAUUCUUCGUCCAGUUCUUCAAAUGGAGAAGAGCCAUCCUCUCAUCUGGCUACAGACCAAUAUCCUUGUGCGACCUUCACCACUCCGUCGAUAUCCAGGAACGGUUUCAAUCCUGUAUGGAACCAGAAAUGCUCCUUCACUCUUAUGAGCAAUGCUGCUGAUUUGACUUUCGUCAGAUUCCUUGUGAAAUGCAAGGUUUCCUCAGGUCCCAACGACAUUCUGAUUGGUGUCUAUUGCUGCAAGCUUGAAUACUUGAAGCGUGGAUACAGACAUCUGUCACUGGUAGAUUCGCAAGGCGAAGAGUUCAUAUUCUCCUCGCUUUUUGUGAAGUUUGACGAAACGAUCAUCUAA